UGUAGAAACCAAAGAUAUAAAAAGAGGUUAUUUAAGAACAACCCACAAUACGGAUACAACUCUUAUGACAACUACCAUAGCACUUGCUGUUGUUAAUAAUACUACAACUAGUGACCCUAUACAACUUAUAACACAACAAACUACCUAUGUAUUUAUUACUGUAGCUGUAAUUACUUAA